AUGUCACGAACGAAUCAUACAAACGGUGAUACAUCUUCGAAUAAAUUACGUCGUAAAGAACCACCAUUUUUGGUUUAUCUUCGUUUUCGUCCGUUUAUUCUUGAUGAAAUUGCCAAAGGUGAAAAUCAAAAAACAAUUGAAAUAUUGGAUGAAAAACGUGUUGGUAUCAAAAUUUAUCCAUCAAACAUUAGUCAAAUACGUUCCGUACAAUCAUCUUACAACGAAUAUGAAGUGACACGCGUAUUCAAUGAACAAUGUACUCAAGAAGAAUUUUAUUCACAAACAUUUGAAAUGCCAACAAAUGCCGUCUUUGAAGGGUCCAAUUGGCUAUUAUUCACCAUGGGUUUAUCCAACAGUGGCAAAACUCAUACGAUGUUUGGUAGUCAAGAUAAGCCGGGAGUCAUCCCGCAAUGCUUAACGCAAAUAUUUCAUUAUAUUGGUUCGAAUAUUGACAAUAGUGUACUUUAUAAACCAACCGGAUUUGAAACAUACUCACCGUGUAAACCAGGUGAUUUAAAUCAAGAAAUAUCGUAUAGAAAUUAUAUAUUUAAACAAGAUCGAACUGAUGAGAGAAUAACAAAAUUGCCAAGAAUUGUGCAAAAUCAAUGUUUAGAUGAUUUAUCAUUGCAAGACGAAUAUUAUUCUGUCUGGAUAUCGUUUUUUGAAUUGUAUAACGAACAAAUUUAUGACUUAUUGGUUAAACCAAAUGAAAUUAAAACACGAAAACCGUUACGUUUACUACAAGGUGAUUCAACGACAACAAUUCGAAAUCUUAUACAAGUGCCAGUAUUCGAUUUAAAUGAAGCAAAAGAUGUUGUCAGAUUUGCUUUUAUUAACCGUUCAACAUCAAAAACGGUUUUUAAUGAAGCAUCAUCACGUAGUCAUGCAAUACUAUGCAUUACAUUAAUAACAACUGAUGAAUUUAGCGAAGUACCAACAAUGAGCCAUUUGUAUAUUUGUGAUUUAGCGGGUAAUGAACCAUUAACUCAGCAUGUGGGAAAACAAAUGAAUGAAACGUGUAAUAUCAAUACAUCGUUAAUGACAUUAAAAGAUUGUAUCCGUAUUUUGAAUGAAAAUCAAAAAACAAAAAAACAAUUUGUUGUACCAUUUCGUAAUAGUGUAUUAACAAAUCUUUUUCGUCCAUUUUUUACUGGUAUUGGUCAAAUAUCGAUUGUUGUUAAUAUCAAUCCAUGCGCAAGUUUUACGUCUCAGACAAAUGAUCUGUUGAAAUUUGCUUCAUUAGCUCAAAAGACUACUAUUGUCCAAUGUGAACCAGUAUUUGCCAAACAAGCUGCAUCAUCGUCAUCAACAGCAUCGAAACAUCUCAAAUUGAGAAAUCUUAAACGAUUGAGAAGUGCAAAAGUGAUACCAGUUCAACGCGAUAAACGAGACAAACCCACUGAUGAAGAAGAGCAUCCAAAUGACGAAUAUGACGAACAUUCCAUUGUUUACUGGCGUAAAGCAACUGAUGCUGCAUUGAAAUUACUUCAGAAACAAGCAACAUGGCGCCGCUCGUUUAUGCUUGAAAGACAUGAAGAACGUGUAAAAUUGCUCGGUUGUUUGAUGCAACAACGUGAUGUGAUAAGAACGCUGAAAACGGAUUUACCAUUGUUAAAUGAUCAACGUUUUUCAAAACAAAAAAAUGUUCCACAAUCUUCAGUCACAAGUAUCCACUUAUUAACAGAGAAAAAUGACGAUUACUCAAAGAAAGUCGAUCAACUCCAACGUUCGUACGAUGAAAGAAUGAAACAAUUUGAUCUAAUGGAACACAACUAUGAAUUACUGAAACAUCAACAUGAACAAAUGAAAAAUGAAUAUGAAAGCAAAAUAAUUGACUAUGCAGCCAAUAAAUCAAAAUUAAACUCACAAAUAACCCAACUGAAUAGUGAACAUUCGCAAGAAUUAGCUCGUCUCAAACGUGAUUUAAAUUUGGAAGUUUAUCGUAAACAGGAAUUUGAAAAACGUUUUCAUGGUGUCAAAGAAAAAUUGGAAACGGAAAUUGCUGAAUCAGUUAAACAGAAGAAAACGUAUGAACGGAAACAAUACGAUCAUCAACAAACAAUUGUUAAAUAUGAUAAUUUACAGAUAGAAUUAUGUCGCGUACGUGAACAAGCAAAAGAAUUAACUGAUCAAUAUGAUGAACAAAAGAAAUCUUAUGGAAAAAUAUCACUAGAAAAAGAUAUGUGGAAAAAUAAAUAUGAAGCAACAGUAAAAGAAUUGGAAGAAGCAAAGUCAUCUACACAACAGCAAGAUGAUGAUUCAAUUAUUACUCGUAGAAGAUUAAAACGUCAAACACAUGAUCUAAACGAUGAAGAUGGAAAUACUGCUAAAAAGGUAAAACGUGUAACACGUUCAAGUUCAAAAAAUAUCUCAUCAAGUGACGACAACGACAGUAUAGUCUUUCAAACAAAAACAUCGAAGAAAAAAACAUCAACACGGCAAAAGAAGAAUUCUGAAACGAAAUCAAGUAGUCGACUCGACGAAAUUGAUCGUGGUUCAAAAAUGGUAAAACAAAUUCAGAAACAAAUUAGACCAAAAUCAAAUAAAAAGAAAGUUGUUGUACGUAGUCGACAAGAAAUUGAUAGUCAUCGUCAAACUCCAACAACUACCACUCGUACAGUUUCAUUAUCAACACACAGAGCAAACAAUUUUUCACCACUCAAUUCUAAUUCUCCCCCAAUGCUUACAGAUCUUCGACGAACUCCUUCAAUAGUGAGCAAGUCACAUGCAAUACCAGUAGAUGAACAAUCAAUAUCAACACCAAAAUCAACAAUGCUAAAAAAACGGUUACAAUCGUUAUUUCAUCAUACACCACCGUCUGAGAAUUCCGUACAUUUCAGUCGUGUUCAAAUGAAAACAUCAGUGGCUUUUGGUUCUUCAAUAUCAGCCACACGAAUGUUACAACCAAUUAUUACUCCUCAAAUGCUAAUGCCACCACCACCCAAAGCACAAACGCCAAAAAUAAAAUAUAAUUUGCGAACAAGAUUAAAUACAAAUCCAAGUUACCAGGAAGAUGAAAUGAGUAUAAAUAGUAAAACUUCAGUGGAUAUCUUGUCCUAUCUGGGUCGUGUAAUAAAACUAGAAUCAUCUAGUAAUAACGACGAUAUCAAAUCAUCAUUAAAACUCAUGAUAUACCGUUUUGAUACAUCAGAUGAAAGAUUUUGUUUAGAAGACACACUUUAUCCAACAUUAACAAAUAUAAAAUGUGAUACGACAUGUUCAGUAUUAAGCUCAUAUAUUGAAGAAAAUUCAUUAUUAAUUUUGAUAAAAUUAGUUCAUACCAUAACAAAAAAUAUUAUUUUAACCCUCUUCCGUUUAAAUCAGCGACCAUGGAAUUGUAAAUUAACUUAUUUGAUUGAAACACCUGUAUCAAUUAUCAAUUUUUUUUUAUUAUCACAAUCAUUAACAAUUUUUACUACCAUAUUCGAUGGUUAUCUUUAUUUAAUUGAAAAUAUUCGAAAUCAAUGUGUUCAACGUAUAGAAUGUCCAAUAACAAAUUAUAUUUAUUGUCAUUCGUAUGAUAAUAGUUAUUGGAUAAUGGGAACUGUGGAGAAUACAAUGACUGUUUAUCAUGGUACAACGACACAUGAUAAAACUCGACUAAUUAUAUUCGAAACAAAUUUAUUUUUUCCAAAACUAUUUGAUAUAAAAACAAAUUUUCAAACACUCUCUAUUCUAAAACAUCAACUUCAAUUGUGUACAAGAUCAAUUGUAGGAGAUAUUUUAAUAUCAACAAUUGAUUGUCAUUUAUUAUUCUGUAAAAAUGGUAUCAUUAUCUAUGAUCUUCAUUUGGAUACAAUUGCUCAUUCAAUUUAUCAAUAUGAUUCAGUAAGAAAUGGUCUUCUAUUUAUAAUGAUGGAACAUAAUCAUCCAUAUACCGUUCAAAUUAUUCAAUUUCAAAAUUCAUAUGAACAAACAUCACUUGAAUAUGUUUCAUCAACAAAUAUUCAAGCUAAAUAUAUUUUAAUUGAUGAUUUUAUACAACUAAAUUAUUCACAAUUAUUAUUUUUAGAAGAUAAAUCAUUGAAUUCAUUUUUAAUAAAAGAUUGUUAUCGAACAAAUAUUGAUCAUAUGUUGACAAGUUUAGAUAGUUCAUUAAAUGAACGAGGUAUUGAUGCUACAGAUAGUCCAUCACGACAUAGUUUAACACUGAUUCAUGAAAUGCUCAAAUAUAAGAUAAUUAAUGCUGAAUAUAUUGUCAAUGAUGGAUACAAUCGAUUACGAGUACUACAAUCUCUUCUUGAUCAAAUUAUCGAUCAACAUCAUAUUUCAGAUUUAACAACAUUGACAACAGCAGAUAAUACACAUCAUCAUACAGUUAAAAAUUGGUCAUAUAAAGAUGAUAAACCACACAUUAAAUUGUUGAAUAAAAUGUUUUGGUUUAGUUAUAGAUCAAAAUUAUUUAUUGGUUUAACGAUUGAAAACAAAAGCAGUGUUUGUCUUGAUCCCGUAUAUUUUUUUGCUAUUGAUAAUCAACAAAAUAAUGUGAGAAUUAUGCAAUUAAUAAUGAUCUUGAAUAAUCAUCAAAAGCAAAAAUAUUUUUUUCCACUACUUCAAACAGAUAAAUUGCCUUAUAGACUAAAAUCAAAUGAAUGUGCCACAUUAAUAUUGACAACAAAUGUUAAUACAAUUGAUUUAGAAAAUGAUUUUGAAUUAACAUUAUUUUUAUUAGCUGAUAUUCGAAUAUAUCAAGUUGGUAUAUUAAAAACUACACUCGAUCAAUUUAUUGGAAAUGAAUAUUUAUUACAAUUGAAUGAAUUGGAAACUGAUUUUUUUUUAGCAAGCCAUUCAUAUUGUUCAAAAUGUAUCUCAUAUAUUUGUACUCAAUCACGUUUAUCUAUUUCACUUCAAUCAACGUCAAAAAGUGAAACUAUCAAACAAAUGAUACAAAUAUUAAAAUUAAUGAAUUUUAAAGAUAUACUUGAGACAAUUUAUAUUCGUAUUGGACAAUGUACACUAUUAGAAAAUAUUAUUAUUCAAAUUAUUGAUGAUGAAACAUUAAUAAUUGAAUUUUAUGCCUCAUCACCGAAUGAAUUAAUGUUAAUUGUUAAACAUAUUCUAUCAAAUAUUCAAUUUGAUACAUUUUCAAUCAAUAAUGUCGUUGAAAAUGAAGAUGAACAAAGAACACGUUUAACAAAUAUUGAACAAGAAUUGAAAAAUGAAUUACAAGCAUAUAUUAAUGUAUUAGAACAAUCGCCAAAAUUAUAUAAAAAAAAUUUAAAUGGUGGUGUAAUAGCAGCAACAGCAGAACAACAUCGUUUAAUUACAUUAGAUGAUCUUAAUAAAUUAAAUAUCAAACGUGAUGCAACAGACAUUGCUCUUUUUUAUUUAAAAGAUUAA